AUGGAUCCUCAAACCCAGGUCGACAUCUCCAAGCUCAGCGACGCUGACAAGAAGGAGCUCAACCAGGUCCUCACCAACGAGGCCCAGAAGUCGACUAUCCAGCAAACUGUCCACCACUUGAACGACGUGUGCUGGAAGAAAUGUGUUGCCGGCAAGGGCAAGAUCACCGCGGGCUCACUCGACCGGACCGAGGAGGCGUGCGCGCAGAACUGUGUUGAGCGGUGGAUGGACACGAACCUGUCGAUUCUGAAGAACCUCGAUUCCAUGCGGGGACAUUAA